AUGCCAGACUCCAAGGAACAAGUGUUUCGAGAAAAGCUAAAUCUAGAACGCUCGGCUUCCAAAGUAAAUUCACUGGUGUUGUCCAAAUUGAAAUACGAUAGUUAUAUUGAAAAAGUCACAAGUCUAAAAACCUCGAGUAAAAAAGAAAACAAUGAUCUUAGGUUUUUAAGGCGAUAUGAUAUUAUUGAAGUAAGCGGUAUUACAAAACUAAUUCACCCUGUCACAGACCAAGAAAACAUAAAGUAUUAUGUUUUUGAUGAAGAGCUGUUUGGAGUUCUAAACGAGGCGCACAUAUCCACUGGACAUGGAGGAAGAGAUCGCAUGAUUGAGCAAUUGAAAGGAAAAUUCCAAAAUGUAACUACAAAGGACAUUUUACUAUUUUUAAGAUUGUGCGAACCUUGUAUUCAAAAAUUGAACCACAAGAAGAAAGGACGACUGGUUGUAAAGCUUUUGUUAUUCAAGGAAGUGAAAUCUCGAUGUCAAGUGGAUUUGAUUGAUUUCCAGUCGCAAUCCGAUAGAGAUUUUCAAUUUAUAAUGGUGUACUAG